AUGUUAAUUGGCCAUUUCGUUUCGCAUCUUGGACUCCUACGUCGUUCGCCAUUCCUCUGCUCCCGUCGUUUGUUCUCCGCGUCGCCAAGUGACGUGUUCAGUUUCGGUUACUCUGGUCGUACGGUAACCUUAGAAUUCCGUGGUGUCCCGUCACUUAGCAAGAAGCGAUUAGGGGCAACCGAUUACACGUCCAACAAGCGGCUUGUCGAAGCCGCCGUGUCUGCAGUGCCAUCAUGCGAUCUGGUCGCCGUGGGUGUCGGUUCUCCUGAGUUGGAUGUUAUCAGGCGUUACCUUGAAUUCCAAGAGUCCAAACAGUCCAAAAAUGCAAGUCGCCGUAAAUUCAAAAGCGCGCGUCACCUCUUGAAUGGUUAUCAGCAGUACAUAAAUGUGGUCACUGGCGCGGGUGACGCUGGUAUUAAGGUCGUGGCAAUCGGCCGAAGCAAACGCUCGGAGGCUAUUAGUUUCGGCGAGGCUGCUACCAGUAACAAGCUUGAGUUAUUGCGUCUGCUAUCUCUAUAUCUGCGCAAGGGAGAUGUGUUGAAGGGUUUGUUGCUGAUGGUGUUUUCUGAUUUUGUUUACAGUACCCGAAAUCCGGGAGGACUUCAGGUUAGCCACUCCCGCCAUAUACCAAGCGGUCGUAACUGA